GUGUCGCCUUGCGAGUUAAUUCAUACGUGUUUCGAUAUACUUUGUUAAUAGUUAGGUUAAGUAUAACGCAUUCUUUUUAAGCUUAUACAUAUAUUUGUUAAUUAAUCUGUAAGCUAUAAAUGAAGUAAUCAUUAAGAUUGCAUUUAGUAAAAAGUAGUCUUUGUAAUAUGAAAGCAAAGAAGCAAAAUUCAAAAAUGACGGUGAAAAAAGUGAGAAAAUACGCACGUGCGUCACCCAAGUACAUCGCAUCCGCGAAAAAGAAAAUUGGAAACAAAAUGGAAAGCAAUAAUAAAGUGAAAAAUGGAAAUACCUUAUUGAUCGCUCAAGAAGUAAAGUUUGCUCAGUUGUUAGCUAAUAAUGACAAGCAUGUCAGAGACAAAGUCUUAAAGAAUUUGAAGAAAUGGUUGACAGUGCGUUCUCAAAGCUCAUUUGCUUUUACAGAGGAGGAUUUUUUCAGGUUAUGGAAAGGUUUGUUUUACUGCAUGUGGAUGUCGGACAAACCUCUGGUGCAAGAAGAUUUAGCAGAAUCUAUCAGCAAAUUGGUACAUUGUUUUCAUUUUAUGGAACCUGCGCUACUUUAUACAAAAUGUACCUUGAUAAGCCUUUCUAAUGAGUGGUUUGGUAUCGACCAAUAUAGAUUAGAUAAAUUUCAUAUGCUAGUAAGAAAAAUUAUUAGGCAGACAUUUGUGAUGUGCAAAAAUCAGUCUUGGAAUAAGCAGUGGGUUGUUGGCGUCGCAAAAGUUAUUGAAGAUUUUUUAUUAGAUCCAAAAAUCUGUUUAGGCCUUAGUUUACAUAUUACUGAUUUAUAUAUGGAAGAGUUAGCAAAAAUCAGUGAAGGAAAUAUAUCACCAGAUAUGGUGACAGAGCUUAUCAGGCCUUUUGUCAUUCAUUUAGUUAGCAUGGAUGAUCAGAGACAAAUGAAACAUGUUAUAAAAAAUAUAUUUAGGUAUCUAAUUCUACAAUCUGAUGUUGGAAUGGAUUACACAGAAAAAUUCAAUGCUUGGAGAAAUGCUGGGUUUCCUUGUCAAAGUAUUGAUGAAAUGCAAAAAACGGAAAUAUCAGAUGGUGAAGAAGAAAAUGAGAACGAACAGAAUGAAGAAGACAAUGAAGUAUUUAAACCACGAGAAAAGCCUUUAGAUCCUAGAGCUGGAAGAGUUGAUGUUCAAAUUCCUCAAAUACUCUUUGAUGCUGCUGGAAUAGCUAAAAUUUUAAAAGAAAAUAAGUUUCACAAAUUAUCUACUACAAUGACUAGGAAACAAGUAACUCGAUUAAUUAAUGAUUUUACAAAACUUCAUAAAGGUGAUAUGCCAUUUGGAAUAAAAGAAAUACCAAUAGCAAAUGCUACCAGGGUCAAUUCGUAUGAAGCUGCGGAAAAUUUAUUAAGUUUUGAAGAUGAAAUUUAUAAAGACUCAGUAAAACGUCGACGAAAAAAUAAUGGUGAUUUGUUAGAAGAUAGCUUAGAUCAAAAUCAAAAUUCAUUAUCCUCUGAAGAUGAAGAUGUUCCAAAGUCAAAAGCUAAAAAACAAAAAGUUUCUAAUAUUGUAAUCAGUGGUAAUAUAGAAAUUCAAAGUAAAAAAGUAGACAAAAAAAAAAAGUCGAAAAAAUUAAAAAAAUUAAAUAUAUCUGAAUCUCUGCCGAUAAAAAAAGUAAAAAAGUCUUCCAAAAUGUUGAAUAAGACAUUCACUAAGAGCACUAUAAAAUCAAAAAAUAAUCUUACGAGUUUUGUCAAACUUGGUACAAGUUCGAAUUGGAGUGUUGACGAAAACACUCCAGCAACGGCAUCUACUGCCUCAAAAAAAGGAUUAGCAAUCAAGAAAACUCCGCAAAAAAAUAAAGCUACAUCGGAAAAACCAGAUUGUGCUAAUAUACCUUGGUUAACACCUGUGUUAACUAGACUAGAAGACCAAAUUACAACGCCAACGAAAUCUAUCCUGAAGCAAACAUCGGAGAGCGGAUCAGUAAAAAAAAAGGUUAAAAUUAUGCUCCAAAAAAACAUGUCACAAAAUACUUCGGAGUAUAUUCGUCAAAUACUGAAGAGUCCUGCUAUUCCAUACGAUGCUAAUCGAAAACCAAAAGCUGGUGUACUUAAGCCGAGUCCACUUCCGAGUCUUAUCAAUCCGUUCUAUAAAAAUAAAAACCGAUGAACUUCGCAAAAAGGCAAUUUUUAAUACUUGUACAUUAUGAUUUUAUACUAACAGUUAGUUUAAUUGUUAGUAGCAAUAACAUGUACAGUAUUCUUGUACAUAUACAUACAUAUUUUUUUAUAUUCCCUUUAAUUUUAUUUAAUUAUCAUAACUUCUCGCGUUAUUUUCAAUUUUUCUAAUUUUAGAGCUUACGUAAUCUAAAUUUUGUUCAACGACACAAAGUGGUUUAGAAUAAAAAACAUUUAUA